GCUAUUUAUAGCAGAAACAACACAACAUAACAUAGAACAUAAAAGCCAUAAACAUGGAAGGAAGCCUAGACGUUGAAGACAGCAGCAGCAAGAUCGGCGGUGGUUUGGGUUUUCGCUGCCGUAGCUUUUGGAGAUUUUUAGUCUCUGACCUGCAUCCUGAAUUUGCUGAAACAAUAUAUUGGCAUGGUUGGAUUGAGACAACAUUCUCCAAGGCUUUCACAAUCCAAGCAAUAUUCGUAAUUUCUGCACUAAAAGUAGAUCUUGAUAAGAAAUCUUGUCAAUUUUAGGAGGAUGGCUCGGAUAUAUUGCUUAGCUAUAUCAAGUUUUUACAUUUAGCCCGGAAAUUAGGAAGAUGAACCCAACCUUCAGUGACCAAAAUCCAGAGAUUGCAGAUGCAAUGGUAUCCAGCCAUGAUUGGUUAGAUUCUGCGAAAUGAAGUUAAGUGCAGGUU